GUCACCGCGAGGCGAGAGCGAUAGCGGACCCCGGUCCCAAUUAGAAACUCCUCCCCCCAUGACUUGUCUCUCGACGCUCGAUCCAUCCUCAUCGACAUGGCGGUGCAGCACAGGAAUGCCCUCAUCCUUUAUGGCUCCGAGACGGGCAACGCCCAGGACAUGGCCGAGGAGCUUGGCCGCCUCUGUCAGCGGCUGCACUUUGCCAACCGCGUCGCAGCGCUGGAUGCCGUAGACCUAAAUGCCCUCUUGCAGCAUAGUUUUGUCGUCUUUGUGAUAUCCACGACUGGCCAGGGCGAUAUGCCUCAUAAUUCCCUCGUGUUCUGGAAGAGACUUUUGCGCAAGAAACUGCCUCCGGGCUGUCUAUCUACACUCAAGUACACCACUUUUGGUCUGGGUGAUAGUACUUAUGUUAAAUUCAACUGGGCAGCUCGUAAGCUCAAUAGACGCCUUGACCAGCUCGGCGCCACCACCUUUAUCGAUGGCUUCGAAGCAGAUGAGCAGUUCCCUGAUGGAAUUGAUGGAAGCUUCGUCCGCUGGGCUGAGGGCCUCUAUAACCACCUCCUCCAAAACGACCCUCCACCCAAUGGUUUGGAACCAAUACCAGACGAUGUGAUCCUCCCUCCACGAUGGACGUUGAAAAAUGCCCUCGAAGGCACACACGUUAUGAAUGGGGGCGCCGAUCCUAUUCUGUCAGGCCCGCCGCCCGAUCAACUUCUCCCAAUCCCUGGCGGCUGGACCGCUACCUUGGUCGACAACGUCAGGCUCACGCCGGCCUCCCACUGGCAAGACGUCCGCCUCACCUCAUUCGAUAUCCCUAGUCAGGACGGCCAGCAACUCCGCUGCUACCCUGGAGACUGCCUCACCAUCUACCCCAAGAACUUCCCAGAGGACGCCCAGAAGCUCAUCACCCUCAUGGGAUGGGAUGACAUUGCCGACAAGCCCCUCGACCUGUCCACUUGCGACUCGCUUCCUCAGGAUCUAUACACAAACCAAAAAUGUACGCUACGGGACCUCCUCAUCAACAACAUCGACAUUACGUCAAUUCCGCGGCGCUCGUUUCUCAAAAGCAUGUCAUACUUCUCCACCGACCCAGACCACAAGGAGCGGCUCCUUGAGUUUACCCAGACCGAGUUCCUUGACGAGUACUUUGAUUACGCUACACGGUCUCGUCGGUCGAUCCUCGAGGUUCUAGAGGAGUUUACCUCAGUCAAGCUCCCGGCUGAGCGGCUGCUGGACAUAUUCCCUCUCAUCCGCGGCCGGGACUUUAGCAUCGCCAAUGGCGGCGAGGAGCUGAACCAUCCGUCCCAAGAGGGCGUCACCCGGAUCGAACUGCUCGUUGCACUCGUCAAAUAUAGAACCAUUCUUCGCAAACCCCGCCAGGGCCUCUGCUCUCGCUAUCUCGAUAACCUCCCCCAGGCUUCAACCCUUCGCGUCACCCAUAAGCCUGUCCUUACCCCCAUCCACGGCAUGCAGAACGCUCAACGGCCUCUUACCGCCAUUGCUACAGGCACUGGCCUCGCGCCUAUCCGAGCCCUCAUCCAAGAGCGCCGCACACACCCCUCCCCAGCGCCGUCGCUCCUAUUCUUCGGCAACCGCAACCGCGACGCCGACUACUUCUUCAGCGCCGAGUGGGACGCGGCAGUGCAAGACGGGAACCUCGACGUCUUCCUCGCCUUCUCCCGCGACCAGCGCAACAAGAUUUACGUGCAGGACCUGCUGCGUCAAGAGUCGAAGCGCCUUGAGGGCAUCAUCUUCCAAAACGGCAUCUUCUCCGUCUGUGGUGGCUCGACGAAGAUGGCAGAUGCGGCGAAGAGGGCCGUAUUUGAUCCUUUUACCGACGGGGCCGAGAAUGAGGAUGAGCGAAAGAAGGUAUUGUCUUCGUUGACAUGGUGGCAGGAGAUUUGGUAGUCUGUUCCUGGGAUCAACGAAUAUGUGAUAUCUAGAUUUAAAUUUAUAGACCCAAGAGAUGCAUGUUGCAAAUAAGAAUCUUAGCCGAAAUGGAUCUCAAGAACAUCUCUG